CCAGCCCCAUCGGCACCGCUUCCGUCCCGAUCGCCUCCAUCAGCACCCCCGCAUCUCCCAGCCAUCGUUGCUUUCCGCCUUGCCCUGGGUCUGGUCUUCUUCCCGUCAUCCACUGAUCACCAACUACCAGCCAAAUUAUGUCCUCUGGCUAUCUCCAAGCAACCGACUCCAUCGUUCGACUGGCUGUCACCGUGUUCUCGAAAAACAAGGGCUCGCCCAAUCCCGCUCUGGUUGCCACGGCCGCUACUGCUCUCGGGGCCGCUGCUUGUGUCGCCUUUUACAUUUCCAUGAACGAAGCAUCAAAGUCCAUGAAGCACAUCAAGUCUGCGGGCUCGCCGAUCGCCUUGACAGUCGAAUUCGCUGCGGAACUGGAUCGACCGGCCCGCUCACACACCCGUGCUGUGCACGCCGACUCGUCCCUGGAGCACCCUCGGGAUCCUGUCUUUCCGCCGGCCUCAGGGUCCGUGCGGACGCCGCCUACCGUCAUCUCCGCUGGCACCCAGACCGACGACAUGCCUGACCCGUUGCUGGCUGUCGCUGCUGACCAGGCAUCGCAGCAAUCCGAGCCCUCUCUGGACUUUUCGUCAGACGGCUCGGUUGGCUCCUCUCCGGAGGAAGACCAGCCCGAGGCGCCUGUUCCGCGCUGCAUCCGCCCUUCCGUUCUUGAUGCUUCAGUGCUAUCGUCGUCAUUUGUGUCCUCGACCUCGUCGUGCCGCCAGCACGCUGGUUUCAUCGAGUCGGCCAAUCCCCAACACCACAGCAUCAACUAUCCCCGCCCAGUCUCGCCCAUAUCAGGUAUCCCCCAGCGUGUCUUUGAGUCGCUUGAGGCCGAGAAUAUGUACCUCCAUCAGCAGCUCGAAAUCGCCAAGCGCGAGCUCAAGCGGUACGAAUACUGCGUCAAGGUCAACAGCGAAAAGCGCAAGAUCCUCAAGGACCUGGUCUCCACCCUCAAGAACGACAUCCAGGAGGAGCGUCAGGCUCGCAUGAUGGUCGAAAAGUGCCACAGCGAGCACCUCGAGCGCAUGGAGCUCGAGCUCGACCUCAAGGACGAGGAGAUUGAGAAGCUCAAGGACCAGCAGCGCCGCCUUGACCGUACCGCGACGUAUUGCAUGGACGACGACUCGUACCUGAUUGCUCCUCCCUGUCCCGUCACCCGCCGUACCGAGUCGCGCGACGACGAUGACGACGACAAAGACGAUGACCACGAAAACGAUGCCAGCGACAGUGAACAGGACAACGACGUCUCCAUCUCGUUCGAGAACCCCUCGGACUCGUUCCAACAAAAGUCACUCGAGUUCCACGAGGACGCCACGGUUAUGCUCUCCCAGCUGAUUAUCUCGCGCCUCAAGUACCUCGAUGUGAUUGUCGCCCUGGACGAUCUCUUCCACGAACGCAGUGCGGUGUCGCGCUCCGACUGCGUCGAUGCGAUUGUGUCGGUGCUCCUCAAUCUGACCGAAUCGAAUUACUCACCGCAGACCUCUUGCGGCGUGGUCUCGAUCCUGUCGAAUCCGCACAACAAGAGCUCGAACGGAAAGUGCUUCGAGUCCGUGGCUUACACGUACUUUUCAAACUACAAGGCCGUUAUCAAACACUACGUCGAAGCCGAGCGCGACGAGGUCCAGCUGCUCUUUGAUGUGGAGAGGUUCCUGCAGAGCUUCAAGACCAAGGUUAUCGCCGGCGACCAGAAAAUGAACUCGCUGCUCAAGAUUCUGUACGACCUCGAUCUUGUCCAGCCGCUCAGUAUUGUCGAGUGGUUCGAGCAUCCCGAGUCGAUGAGCCUUUACAGCCCCGCGUACUGCGAGCAGCAACACAGCGCGGCCAAUGAAGCCGGGUCCUGGCUUUGGAAGCACUCGCAGGAAGAAGCCUCCAGAUUCCGCAAGAAUGCCGGGCGGUUCUGCGAGUGGCUGAUCGGACAGAUCGAGAUCGAAUCUGAGUCGGACAUUUUGGAGAAUUCCGAAGCAAAUGAAGAGACAGACGACGACGACUCUGAAUCCGAGCGAGCUGACGACGAUGACCACGAUGAUGACGACGAUGAGGAUGACGACGACGAGGAUGAUGCUGAGGAAGAGGAAGAGGAUGCCGAUGACGACGACGACGACGACGAGGAUGAGGACGACGAUGACGUUGCCUUUGUGCCCGCCCCAAGAACCAAGCCCCCCCAGCCCAACUCGGCAUCCAAGGCCGGCUCCAAGUCCCUUGCAUCCGGCGGUGAGCGCCAGGCGUCAGCAAACUCACGAGCAACCGUAAAGCGAGUCUCGUUCCGAGGUGACGAUGACUUGGAGGAGCUGUUUGAGGAUAGCGACCUUGAUCCCCAGUCAGAUGAUGCCGACGACGACGAUGCUGACGACGAUGCCGACGACGAUGCCGACGAUGACCAAAGCGACGACUGAGGCCCUCUCUCUGUUCACGCCGAUGCCUCUAUGACUCCCUUCUCGCUAUCGCCGCAAAUGCCUGCUUGCGCUUGUCGCAGCCGUGCCACCACUCAAUCUCUAUAUUGCCCAUUGCAUUCGCUCUCUGCCGCGCUCUCCCAGCCGUGGCUGCACAUGUUCGAUAGACCACCUCACCUAAUCACCCCGGCCCGCCCUCCAAGGCUGUCCCCACGCUGCCACAUCAUUCUUGCACGUCGUUCUAGUCGUUCUAGUCGUUCUAGUCGUUCUAGUCGUUCUAGUCGUUCUAGUCGUUCUAGUCGUUUACCGGUCCUUCGCCGCUGCGAUGAGCACAUUUACAACGCAUCCGAAACGAAAUGGGACAUCUCCUGUUCGAGCCAGGGCCCGCUGUUAACUGGGUCCUGGAUGCACUUCCCCCCGUUUCGUUGUGAAAAUGCUGCGCCAUGUACUAUUCCCUCCA